AUGAAACGGCUGCUCGGCCUGGGCCACGUUCCCUCGAUGCUGGCCGCCCUCCUGCUGUUCGUGACAGCAGCUGCCUACUCGCCCCUCUCCGACAGCUUCCUGCGCGCCGUGCCGGGGCCGAGCGACGAGGACUUCGACAUCCACAAUGGCGCGCUGCUCGCCCCGAUCCUGAUCCCGCGCGUCCCGGGGACGCCCGGCUCCGUCAAGGUCCAGCAGCACUUUGUCGACUUCUUCCAGAGGGAGCUGCCCAACUGGACGACCGAGUGGCAGAACUCGACGGACAAGACGCCCGCGACGGGUUCCAAGGACGUCCCGUUCAACAACAUUAUAUUCAAGAGGGAGCCGCCGUGGACGAAGACGGGGCAGGCCAACAUCCUGACCCUCGUGGCCCACUUCGACAGCAAGCUCACUCCCGAGGGCUUCAUCGGCGCGACGGACAGCGCGGCGCCUUGCGCAAUGCUCAUGCAUGUGGCUAGGAGUAUCGACAAGUACCUCACACAGAUGUACGACGAGAUGGUGGCGCUGGGCGAGCUGGGCGGGACACCAGCGAUGGACAUGGGUGUGCAAAUACUACUGCUUGACGGCGAGGAGGCGUUCGUGUCAUGGACCGACACAGACUCGCUUUACGGGGCAAGGUCCCUGGCCGACUCGUGGGAGAACCAGCCGACAAUGGCCAUGGCCAACUUUCCGAACCGCCUGAACCAGAUCAGCCUCUUCGUCCUCCUCGACCUCCUAGGCGCCGCUGACCCCAAGAUCCCGUCCUACUUUCUCCCGACACACUGGGCCUACAAGGCGAUGGCCAAGAUCGAGCAGCGCAUGCGGGACCUGGGGCUCCUCGAGACCACGCCGGCGAGCCCCUUCCUGCCCGAGACGGACAAGCUGACGACGCAGUUCACGCGGUCCUGGGUGGGCGACGACCACGUCCCUUUCAUGGCCAGGGGCGUGCCCAUCCUGCACCUCAUCCCGACGCCGUUCCCGCGCGUCUGGCACACGAUGCAGGACGACGGCGAGCACCUGGACAUGCCGACGGUGCGCGACUGGGCCAAGAUCACGACUGCGUUUGCGCUCGAGUGGCUCGACAUGAUGGAGGUAUGGCCUCAGGAUGAGGGAGGCCGUGCUUGA